AAUGAUACUGAAUAAAUAUUUGUGGUUAAAGUUUUUCGAAAUAAUUCAGGCAAAUGAAUAAAAAUGAUUCCAUGAGUAGAUAUGGACCACUCGUCGGUGCUAUUGAUGAAGGCACUAGCAGUGCUAGAUUUUUGGUAUUUGCUGCGGAGACAGCUGAAGUAUUAACGUAUCAUCAAAUUCCAAUAAGUCAGACUUGUCCAAAGGAAGGAUGGGUUGAACAAGAUCCCAUAGAAAUCUUAAACGCAGUGAGAGAAUGUCUUCGUCAAACUGUAUUUAAUUUAGAACAAUUAACUAUAGAUCCGAGUGAUAUUGUUGCUAUUGGUAUAACUAAUCAAAGAGAAACAACUGUUGUAUGGGAUUCUGUUACAGGAAAACCAUUGUAUAAUGCAAUUGUAUGGAUGGAUAUGAGAACUACUUCUAUAAUAGAUGACAUGUUAAAAGGAAUAUGGAAUCGAAACAAAAACUAUCUAAAGUCACUCUGUGGUUUACCUAUUAGCCCUUAUUUUAGUGCAUUAAAAUUAAAAUGGUUACUUGAAAAUGUACCAGAAGUUCAAGAAGCCUUAGCCAAAGAUCAAUGUAUGUUUGGGACAAUAGAUUCCUGGCUAAUUUGGAAUUUAACUGGAGGAGUAAAUGGUGGUGUUCAUACUACAGAUGUUACUAAUGCUUCGAGAACUAUGCUUAUGAAUAUUAGAACAUUACAAUGGGAUCCAAAAUUAUUAUCAUUUUUUCAAAUACCACCAAGUAUUCUGCCACAAAUACGAAGUUCGUCAGAAAUUUAUGGAUAUAUCCAGGAUGAUAUUCUUCAUGGUGUACCAAUAUCUGGAUGUUUAGGAGAUCAACAGUCAGCACUUGUAGGUCAGUUAUGUUUUCAACAAGGACAAGCUAAAAGUACAUACGGUACUGGGUGCUUCCUUUUGUACAAUACAGGCACUGCUAUCGUAGAUUCAUCUCAGGGUUUAUUAACAACAGUUGCAUAUCAAUUGGGUGCAAAUGCAACACCAGUUUAUGCUCUUGAAGGUUCUAUAGCAAUUGCUGGUGCUGCUAUUAAAUGGUUAAAAAAUAAUCUUGGAAUAUUAUCUAACGCAAAGGAAAGUGAAGCUAUGGCAGAAAGUAUUUCUUCCGAUAAUCAUGUCACUUUCGUUCCUGCAUUUUCAGGUUUAUAUGCACCAUAUUGGAGAAAAGAUGCUAGAAGUGUUAUAUGUGGGCUAACUGAGAGAUCAACAAAUGCUCACAUUGUAAAAGCAGCUUUGCAAUCCGUAUGUUUUCAAAUAAGAGAUGUUUUAGAAGCCAUGAAGAAAGAUACAGGAAUAGUAUUAUCUAAGUUAUUAGUAGAUGGUGCCAUGACUAAUAAUGAUUUAUUAAUGCAAAUGCAAGCCGAUAUAUGUGGUACACCAGUGAUCAGGCCUUUAAUGGCUGAGACAACUGCUCUUGGAGCUGCAAUAGCUGCAGGUAGUGCCGAAGGUAUACGUAAAUGGGAUAUAAAAACAGGAUCAGUUGUACCGAGUGAUAUUUUCUUACCUUCUAUAAAUGAAGAAGAAAGUAAUAUCUUGUACUCCCAAUGGAAAGAAGGUAUUAAGAGAAGUUUAGGAUGGAAAACAAUUACUAAUACAGAUGAUGAUUUUAAAGACUUACAUAAAGCAACAGCACCUGGUGUAUUUAUAAUGGGUACAAUAAUUUUACUUGUCUUUGCAAAGUAUCGAUCAUUCAUGUAAUAGAGGCUUGUAAUUUGUUAGUAUUAAACACUGAUGCAUUUGUGUGAAUUUCCAAGAAAAAUCUAAAUAUUAAAAUGCAUUUAAUGUAAGUAAUGUUAUUCUGUUAUCAAUAAUGUUAUAUUUAAUUUGUUCAAUAUGGAACUAGUCUUCUCGUGUAGUGUUAUUGAUGACCGAAAACAAAUAUGAUGUGGUAUACUUUCAUAUAUAACGCUUGUUAUUUAAUAAAGUAUUACAAAUAUCAUUUGGUUUCUGAAUAAAUCAAAGAAAACAGCUUAUUUUUUUAUUUAAAAUUUAAAUAGAUGU